AGACAUCCAUCACUGCCGCCUGAUGCGGCUUUUGGAGCCGUCACCCAUCCAUCUGUUGACCGGCCCGGCUCUGGAUCUGAUUCGCCAUAAACACUCAACAACUCAGCCGUGUCCUCUCCUCUCUGUUUGGAUUGUGCUUUCUUUGUGUUAAAAACAGCCCCUCUUACAAUCUGCUGCGAACAAAGAACAUCGCUCCGAUGCGCUAAAAAGCCAGCCAAUUCCACCUUAAAUGCCAUUUGCGUCUGUGUUGGAGACCUAGGCGCCAUCUUCGGUCCACCUUAAGCGCACAAUGUGGCCAACGAACGCAAGCGUACCAGUCAGGCUUCCGUCCUCGUUCUCCAGCCGGGGAUCGCACUCUGGCUUCCCAGCUUUGACACAGCAGCGUCACUUGUGAAACAACAGAGGGGGAAGAAAGACGCACUCGGGCCAAACCCCAUCCGCACCAACAGGAGAAGAUGUCCGAGCCCAAUAAGUACCGAGAGUGGAUCCUGGAAACAAUCGACUCUCUCCGCUCGAGAAAAGCUCGUCCGGAUCUGGAGAGAAUUUGUCGAAUGGUCCGGAGACGACACGGGUCAGACCCGGACCGAACCAGGACAGAACUGGAAAAACUGAUUCAAGAGCAGACGGUGCUCAAAGUUAGCUACAAGGGGUCCAUAUCGUACCGAAACGCGGCGAAGGUGCAGAGGAAAAGCCGAAAGAAGAGUGAGUUUACGGCCGCUGGAAGCAGCAGCGGCGGCGGCGGCAGCGCGGAGGCAGCGAGGGAGCGGACCAAACACGACCAUCUGAACAACAACGGCGACAGUGCGCACAGCUUCACCGACCAGGAGGAGGGAGAGGAGGACUCGGAGCCCAGCCCAGAUCCUCACCACACUCAAACAUCAGCCAGCACCAGCACGAAGCCCAAGCUUGCCUCCUCCAGCCAGAGUAGCGGAAACGGGUGCCUCAAGUGUGGCGCAACAACGGGCUGCGAUGUCGGGAGCGGCUGUAAAGAGGAGAAAGCAAGUGCACCGAGAGACAAGGGAUUAGGACAGCAGGGAGCAGGGGACAGCCCGUCGAGGGGUCUCGGCCCCAGAACAAACGCACACGACGGCGGUGAUGCCGGCAGGGUAACACCGAGCAAAGCCGAUGCAGUUCGAGGAGGGAAAGAGCCGGGUUUGUCCGGGGCUGACACCCAGAACAAAACUUGCUCGGGGAGCGUCAGCGACCUCCCUCAACAACAGAAACAGAAGCAGUCCGCACCCCUCAAGCCCAAACUUCGAGUCGGAGGAGGGGGGACCAAAACAGCGGGGAACUCCGACCUGGGCGACAGAUUGGUGGCUUCUGUUCGCAGCCUGUCCGAGAGGAGCCUCCGGGGGGGCUCCUCCACCUCCACCUCCACCUCUACCUCCAGCGCUGCGACCAGAGGCCACAUGAAGCCGCUCGGGUUGAAGGAGAUUUUGGGUUAUCUGAGCAGCCAAGAACGGCUGUCUGAGGAGAAGCUGACCCGAGGCAAAGUCAAAGUGGUCAUGGAGAGAGAAGUGGCAAGGGGCAGGCUGCGCAGGACCCGCUGCGGGAACAUUACUCUUCCUCUGAGGGGGAUGGUGGUGGAGGAGCCGAUGCCGAAGAAUGCGUCCGCUGACAGACUUGGAAAGAACGCACUGCAGGACAAGCACACAGUGAAAAAGCCGCCGUCCCCCCCUCUACAGGAGAAUGAGCCGAUGGAAACGGCCAGUGAAGAAGAGGAAAGGGAAGACAAGGAGGCAGAGGAUGAUGAUGAGGAGGAGGAGGAAGAGGAGGAGGCGGAGGAGGAGGAGGAGGAGGAUCCCAGGAGUUCUGAUGAGGAGAGAGGACUAUCCCCGGUAGCCAUGACAACCGAACCAGAGCUCAUUGAGAAAACGACAGAAGAUGCUGAGAUCCAGACAGCAUCAAAGGUGGAGAGCCCCCAUCAACAGCAGCCACACGGCGGACAAGGGAUGUCCGGGCUCGAUCCCAACACCAGAACGCCGUGUUCACCUGUUCAGGGUGCUUCCCUGUCACAGUGCAACAGUGCACACUCUGAGGAGGAGAGGGCUGAUCAGCUACAUACAGGGGCACAAAAUCAGACCCAGCAUGACAAACUCAACCACAACUCCUCUGGCUUUAACAGUUUGGAGUCUAAGACAGAGGUUGGCGUGUCAUCCUGCCUGCUCACACCCACUGCCUCCCCGAGAGACUCUGGCAUGUCUGAGGAAAGAGGGCUAAACGGUGGAGUUAGCAGUGGAGGGUUUAUGAAAUCUGAGGGGGUCAGUGGGAGCCCGGUGGACUGGACAGUGUCUGAUGUGGUCAGUUAUUUCACAGCAGCAGGUUUCCCUGAGCAGGCUGCAGCCUUCAGGACCCAGGAAAUCGAUGGCAAGUCUCUUCUACUCAUGCAACGUAACGAUGUUUUGACUGGCCUGUCAAUCAGACUCGGCCCCGCCCUCAAGAUCUAUGAGCGUCAUGUAAAGGUUCUGCAGAAAACGCACUUUGAGGAAGACGACUGCUAAAAAACAGACAUGAAACACACACAAAGACUGUUGUCUGUAUCUACAUAUAGCCCAAGUAAUCAUAUAAAAUGUAUGCAUGAUAUACGAUCACACACACACACACACACACACACACCUACCUCUGUUUCUCCUCCUCCUGGUCCUCUACGACUGCUCUGGUCCAGAAAUGACACACACAGAAAAAAGACUGGAUUUCGUGGACAACAAGGAUUUUCUACCAAACAGAGCACACAUUUUGGAGGAAGUGAAGCAGACUCAAAGAUUUUUAGAUGCAGAGGUUAAAAUAAAUCAUGCAAUUUCUC